AUGUCGGAAACGCGAGAGUCGGCGUAUAGCACGCUCGAACUAGACAGACGCCAAAUGGGCGACGGUCUACCUGAGGUCCUACCAAACACCGAUGCACCGGAAGCUUUCAACACUGGAGAGAAAGAGACCGCGAAAAAUGCAAACAAGCUCCCAGUUGAAAAGUCCCCAGUUGAAAAGAGGGUACCAAAUAUCUGCGGUAUGCGCAGAAGGCUGUUCUGGAUUCUGCUAGUUGUGGCUUUGCUCAUUGUCGCUGGCGCCGUGAUUGGGGCAGUAUUUGGCACGGCACGAAACAAACGCUCAAAGAGCCCUUCCCAUGGCGACAUCCACCAAUCGCCUAAGAAUGGUACUGAGAUAUAUAAGCGAGGCAUUUCUAGGAACUCGCAACUCGCUACUGCUAACUAUACAGACAAAUUAGGUAUCGACCAUUCUCAGCUUUACUACCAGGAUAAUUCGCUGCAGAUCUGGAGUGCCGAUUGGAACAGCUCAGCCAGCAACUGGACUCUCUACGAAGUAUUGUCUCACGAUAACAAGACAAUAAUUCCUAAGGAUGGGACGCCGAUAGCCACAGCUAAUUAUUGGCGGCCAGAACUUGGUAACACCGAUUACCGCUGUCUUUUUGUCGACAAUGAAAACUUCGUCCGGAUUUUCUUUAUCAUUAGAGGAGCUACCUCAGACCCGUGGGCCAUAUGGCCCGCUAUAGAUCGGGUCAUGCAGGUCAGCGAAAACUCCAGCCUCGUGCAUUAUAUGCGGCAGUGCGAUGGCUGUGAUAAUUCCGACUUUACUUCCUACGAAUCUCAGGCCGGCGAUCUUAUAAUCCACUAUCCGUUCAGUAAUGGCGACGGCGGCGAUGUCACUGGCAAGCUUCAACCUAAUGGCAUCGUCAUUGACAAGUACACUGCCAUGGCCGUCGCCCCGCUCCCAGCGAGGUCGUCCAAAACUGCGUCGGUGGCCAUGUAUCUAGUUUCCGGGGGGUUAUUAGCCGAGAUCUAUGGAAUGUGGGGCCAGACUUGGGUAGUGUCUGAUUUGAUAUCCACGAGACAAUACAGCGUCGAUAAUGGAGCUCAACUUGCGGCAAUAACUCAACCAACAGGAGCGGAUUUCAAGAAACAAGUCUUGAUAACAAAGGCAGACGGAGGAGUGAAGAUGGCGUACAUGGAUGGAUCAGAUUGGUGUUAUCAAGAUAAUGUCGAUGGGAUGGAGAAAGUUCUACCACUCUCGCCGAUCGCAGCAAACCAACUUGGACGGGUAUAUGCGCUCGAAGAUGGCCCGCAAGUUGUUGAGUGGACAAUGAUUAAUGGCUCGGUCCCGACGUUUAAGCGCGUUGGAGCAGUCGACACGACAGGCGGACGGUCAUCAUAG